GGUUGUGUUGUGGUGACUGGCCGCUAUCUUCUUGGGUACAUAUGAAAUUCUUUCUAGCUUUGUUUUCAGGCUAAAAUAACUACUACCAGCUACUGGGAUAAAAGCUGUGAUUUUUAUUCAUAAAAUGCUGCUAACUUGAAAGGAAAAGAAAACAAAGGAAAAGCAGUAUUUUACAUUACUGAGAGUGGUAGAUCACCACAUUCAAAUAGAAAAUGCAUCGAAUUGCAAUAUCAAGAAGGUCCUGGCCGUGUAGCUGCUCCUGUAAUUUGCAAAACUUAAAUCUCUCUUUGCAAAAUACAGUUGUGAGGUAUGGCACUUUCUCAAGACAGCAAUUUCUUGUAAGCAACUCUUACUUAGUCAUUAAUCCCACAUGGAAAGGCACUGAGCUCAAUGGGACAAACGUGCGUUGUAUGUCUACCUCUGGACAGCCUCCUGAUUCACAAGAUCCAAAGAAAGAUGUACGCAGCUCAGAUGCCAAUGUGGUGAGAAAGGAAGAUGCAGAUAACAACAAAUUUAAGUUUGAGAAAGUUUUCAGCCUCAUCUAUGAAAAGGGAAAUCAAUUUCAAUCAUAUGGAGACAAUUUAAAACAGAAGAUGGAAACAAACAAGGCCUUAUUGAUGUCAAAAAUAGAAAGAAAGGAGGGAGAAAAAUGGAAAGAUACAUUUAACCGCUGGUAUGAGAAUUAUCAAGAUUUCGUUGGAAUUACUGAUCUUAAAAAAGCUCAGGUCAAAGUCACUGAGUUAUCAGAGAAUCUACUGGAGACACAGAGCAAAAGAAGGGAAUUUCAAGUUGAAAUAGAGAAACUUCAGGAGAACCUCAUCAUCAAUCAGCAACGUAUUACUAAGACGGAGCUCUAUUCAGAUGAGCAUUACACACUGUUUGACGAGGCAAGAGAGAUGAAUGUAAAAUUGAAGACACUACGUGGGGAAUUUCAAAUAUGUGAGCGUUUGGAACGAGAUACCUUCAGCCAGCUUUCAGCUGCUAUCCGUGACUGUCAUGAAAGAGAACGGUUUCAGGCAGAACAGAGCAAAUAUUGGUCAAUUAUUGCAUCAUUGGUGUCAGCAGCUCUUGCAUCGAUCAUCACAUCCAUCAAUAACUGGGUGAGAAUCCGAGAAGUGAAGGAGCAUGUGACCACCAACAGCAAGCAAUUGAUGGCUGGGUAUGCUCAGAUGCAUAGUGAUGUUAUAAAUAGCAUCUCAGAAAAACUGAGUACUACUAGUAUGUUAGCCAAUGGUAGUACUCAACCCAAGACAGUAGAUUCUCAUGUAUCCCAAAAGGCAUUUAAAGAUGAACUGGCUCUUUUAACAAAUUCAGUGGGCAGUGCUAAAAAAGACAUAGAUAAGUUGAUAAAAGCUGUAGGGUCACUGAAAAAGAGCAUGUCUGAAUUAAUUAAAGCUGAAGAAAAAACCAUUACAGGUAAUGUUGCCUCUCUUUUGCAUGAAGAAAGGAGGCUUCUUUCCAAACAGAUAAACUCUCAGUUAGAGUCAGUAUUUGCUAAGGUAUUUCUGUCAUCAGAAAAUAAUGGAGGGGAAUCACUGUUACUAGAUGAAGAGCCCGCAAAGUCCUUUCAUGGAAAAUCAGAAAUAUAUGUUGUUGAGUAUAGCUACUAUCAGAUUUUUACAUUUAUGGCAGUUGGAGCAGGUAUAGGGAUGUCAUUUGCAGCUAUUCUGUCAAAAUUGUUUUCAAACGGUUAACCUUGAUGUUAUUCUUUAUGCUGCAGGUUAUGUGUAAGUGUCAUUAAAUAGUAAUAUAAGUAACAGGUGAUAUGAUAGCCACUCACUGUUAUGCCAGCUCGGUAACUGUUAGCAGCAACUUUUUAUAAAAUUCCAGGUGGAUUUUAUGUGAUAUCUAGAUUGUGUAGGGAUGGGAAUUUUAUCAGUGAAUUAUGCCCCGUGUCUUGUAAGUGUAUGAGUGUAGGAGUAAGCAUGAGGUGUGGGCUUAUAUUUAUGCUUGUAAGCAUAUGCAUGUAUGAUAUAAUGUGUAUAUAUUGAAUACAUACAUAUAGAACAAUGUGUUUCUGUAUUACUCUUUAAUAAUUUCUCAGAAAGUAAUGCAUUUAUAUUUCUAUAAGCAGUUAGUCUAGUCACUAUAUUACUCUGAGUCAUCAGAUAAAACAAAAUUAAAUAUAAGUUGGUGAUAUCCUCCAUCCAGUUAUAUUGAUUUGUCAGCCUUUACUGUUAAAGUAGAAAAGUAUGACUUGUGGUAAUGGUGACUAAGUAUAUAGAUGUCCAGUGCAUGAAAGGUAAGUCAGGCAAAGAUUUACAUGAUAUUAAUGAUGAUGAAAUUAUAUUGUGCAAUUUACAGUAGACUUAGCAAGAUGAUUAUUAUUAAGUUAUAGAUAAUACAUGUUUUUUGGAUGUCAUCUCAUGUAGACUUUUAUAAAAAGAAAUCUUGUAUUACUUUUUUAUAUAUACAUGUUUAAUUCCUUAUGUAAUGGGAAAUAAAUAUAUAUUCAGUGGC